CUUUCUAGUGUCCAAGAUGAGGCUGUGGACAAAAGCACCUUUAAGGAAUGCAACCAGAUUGCUUUUUACAGGCGUCAGAAACUUCUACAUCCUGGAAAAUCCUUGUAUCGAGCAUUGUUGGAUUCAGUCACGUUAAGUGAUGAGAAUGUCAAAUUCCAAAUUAUUCAUGAGGAGAAUAAGGUUCUUCUACAGGUAGAAAUUUGUGAAAUAGAAGGCAAUAUUUUCAGGCUUAAAAUCGAUGAGGCAGCUCCUCUCAGAGCAAGGUACAAAGUUCCUGAUGUUCUUAUAAAGGAACCUACCACCCAGAGACUCUUUAUAUCCGAGAAGGAGGCAGGUAUUUUGGUGCUGUCAAGUGUUAACGAGGACUACAAACUUCAAGUCACAGCAAACCCCUUCCAGAUUGAGCUGCACUCCAAGGGUGAGACUGUUCUGAGCAUGAAUUCCAAUGGGUUGUUAUAUUUUGAGCACCUACAACCACCUCCCUGUGAUAGAAAACCUAUAGCAGAAAACAAAGAGGAGGCAGCAAGUGAUUCCUCUAAGGAGAAACAAGAGGAUCUAGGUCUCUGGCAAGAGAAGUUUGGCAGCUUCUUAGACAUCAAAGCUCAUGGUCCUAGUUCUGUAGGCAUGGACUUCUCUUUACAUGGAUUUGACCAUGUUUAUGGAAUACCACAACACACAGAAGCACUUCUUCUCAAAAACACCAGCGAUGGUGAUGCCUACCGGCUUUAUAAUUUAGAUAUCUUCGGCCACAAGAUACAUGACAAAAUAGGCAUUUAUGGUUCAGUGCCCCUUCUCUUAGCACACAAGCCUAACAGAACUUCAGGGAUCUUCUGGCUGAACUCUUCAGAAACGCUGGUGGAUAUUAGUACAAAGGCAGUAGCUGAGCACAUGCCAUCCGGAUCUGCUGCAGAGACUGCUAAGCAGAGGGCAGUGCCUCUAACUGAUGUGCGCUGGAUGUCAGAAAGUGGGAUCAUUGAUGUUUUCCUGCUGAUGGGACCCACUGCAUUUGAUAUCUUCAAGCAGUUUGCACAGCUGACAGGCACUCAAGCCCUGCCCCCGCUUUUUUCGCUGGGCUACCAUCAGUGCCGCUGGAAUUAUGAGGAUGAGCAAGAUGUCAAGGCAGUAGAUGCUGGCUUUGAUGAACACGACAUUCCUUAUGAUGUGAUAUGGCUGGACAUAGAGCACACAGAUGGCAAGAGGUAUUUUACUUGGGACAAAAAGAAAUUCCAGAACCCCAGAAAGAUGCAAGAACAUCUUGGGAAGAAAAAACGCAAGCUUGUCGUCAUUGUAGAUCCCCACAUUAAGGUUGAUCCCACGUAUACCCUGUAUUCACAGGCAAAAGACAAGGGAUAUUUUGUGAAAGAUAGAAAUGGGCAAGACUUUGAGGGCAUCUGUUGGCCAGGUUCCUCUUGUUACCUGGAUUUCACCAAUCCUGAAGUGCGAAAAUGGUAUGCAGAUCAAUUUGCCUUCAAAACGUACAAGGGAUCCACUAACAUCCUCUUUGUAUGGAAUGACAUGAAUGAGCCUUCAGUCUUCAAAGGGGCAGAACUAACAAUGCAGAAAGAUGCUGUGCACUACAACAACUGGGAGCAUCGGGAAGUACACAACCUCUACGGAUUCUACCAGCAAAUGGCAACUGCAGAAGGACUCAUCAGGCGUUCUUCAGGAAAAGAGAGACCAUUUGUCCUCACACGGUCUUUCUUCGCUGGAUCACAGAAGUAUGGGGCAGUGUGGACUGGAGACAACACGGCAGAGUGGGGUUACUUGAAAAUAUCCAUUCCAAUGCUUCUCACCAUCAGCAUGGCAGGGAUUUCAUUCUGUGGAGCUGAUGUGGGAGGGUUUAUUGGAGAUCCGGAACCAGAAUUACUUGUUCGCUGGUAUCAGGCUGGAGCCUACCAGCCCUUCUUCAGAGGUCAUUCUAACAUGGAGAGCAAACGACGAGAACCGUGGCUCUUUGGGGAGAAGAACACCCAGAUCAUCAGGGAAGCCAUUAGAGAGCGCUAUGUCCUCCUGCCAUACUUAUACACACUGUUCUAUCGGGCACACACAGCGGCUGAACCGGUUAUGAGGCCUCUCUGGAUAGAGUUUCCAGGCGAAAUAGAAACUUUUGGUGUGGAAAAUGAAUAUAUGCUGGGAAAUGCUUUGUUGGUGCAUCCAGUCACGGAGCAAGAGGCCAAGGCAGUGAGUGUUCUGCUUCCAGGAUCAGAGGAGAUUUGGUAUGAUUUCAGAAAAUUUAAACGAAUGGAAGAUCCAGGCACUCUGAAGAUCCCAGUAACACUGGAGAAUAUUCCUGUAUUCCAGCGGGGCGGCACUGUGAUACCUCUGAAGACCACGGCUGGAAAAUCCACUGAAUGGAUGGUAGAUAUUUCUUACGAACUCCACGUGGCCCUGGACACAGAGGCCUGUGCAAUAGGUGAGCUCUACCUAGAUGAUGGGCAUUCAUUUCAAUAUCUCCACAAGAAGCAGUUCCUGUAUCGGAAAUUCACUUUCCACAAGAACAUUCUCUCUUCCAGCUGCACGGAUGGAAGCGGACAAUACCACACUACAUGUGUGGUUGAACGGGUGAUAGUUCUGGGAUUUAGACAGCAACCCACCUUUGUGAUGGCCUGUUCCAAGGAUGGGAAAGAAAAAGAAGUGGUUUUCACAUACGAUACGAAGACCUCUGCACUGACGCUGGGAAAUUUAGCCCUGAGUGUUGAUGCUGACUGGGAGAUUUGCAUCAACUGAAAGGAGACGCAACUUCUUCAGAGAAUUCAUUGAGAGGUUGAGGGGAAAUAAGUUGGGAGGACUUAAAGCGUUCACUUGAAUCCAGUCAAAUCAAGGAACAUAUUUCCCACCCACACCCCCAAACUAAUAUUUCCUACAAUUUUUCUUUAAAGCACUGAUUUGAACUUGGAUAGCUUUUCUAUUCGGCAAAAGUAGUAGCACUAGGAUUGUACCUUUGGGGAAAAAAGCUAAAUACUAUCUGCUCCAGGCUAGCUCCAGUUAGGCAUUAAGAUUGAGUUCUGCCUUGACUUGCACCAAAAAAUCAUAAAUUGGUGGGGUGAGAUUGUGGCUCGUUGGCAUGGGGUUUAAUGUAAGUAUUUGGAAAUCCUGGUAUUCAGAGGCUGGAGUACUUGAGAAGAGCAGAUCCGGGCCAGUUUGACAAGCGGCAUCGGUAGAUAUGCCAGACGCAGAGGUUAUCAUCAGAGUUCUGCCUGCAAGCUGCCUUGUGAAAACAAACACAGAAGGAGCCACCCAGUGUGAUUACAGACACUUCCCCUUUCCAGUCCUUAUGACAAUGCAAAAUUAGGCAGUCUGUACAGGAAAGUAAACAACAGGCUAGCUAAACAGUUCGGUCACUGAAGGUAAGGUUUGAGUAGGUUGUGCCAGUCAGUUGUGCGAUGGUAAAAGACAGUAAUGUGGGAGUGCGGAAUUCUCUCCGAUAGCUGGCUUUGAAACUGGUGUUUGGAUUUUGAAAAGGCACAGGUCUACCUAAGUGCAAUACUGGCUUAGGGUAGCAGCUAGACUCACGUAGAAACAUCUUCCAUGUUAUUGCUCCCCUCUCUCUGCAAGUACUACUUAAAAAAAACUUUUUUGUUAGGAAAGAAUUGGCAUUUUUGGAUGAUUGAAUGUCAUUGGUUAAAGCCAACCCAGUGAAUCAACUCUGCUUAUGGAGAGCUCUGCUUCUCCACAUCUGCUAACUCUUGCCAAGGUUUGGCUUCCUUUACACAUAUUUUAGUAAUUUCUUGGUUACUCUUUAGUAUCUGGCUGAGAUUUGAGCUUGGUAUUUAUGAAGCAAAUUUUUAAUUUUAAUGGGAUUCAUCCUGCAUUUAGCCAUCCCACUUCAUGCUUAUUUCCCCAUUCUCUUACCACUCACCCUAAUGUUCCCUUACCUCCUUUUCCCACCAUCUCUGCAAACAGAACUGUUGUGUCCUGAUGCUUUCUUCCCUUUCAAAACUAGGAGACAUCCCAAGUCCCACAUCCCCUACAUCCUGCCUAUUCCCACAGCCCUUUCCAUAUCAGGCAUCUCUUUUUGCAGGCUACCAUUGCUCCACUGCUCAAGUUGUUUGCUCCUUCCGUUUGCUACACUUGUCAACUUCAUUAUUUUAAAACCAGUUCUGCUUUGAGUCAAACCUGAACAUGCCAUCAGUUGGGUUUUGUGGAUAUAAAAGGGCAAAAUUUACUUAAUUUCUUUUAGCAAGAUAAGUAUUUUCUAAAAACAUCAGUACAUUAACUCUUAGGAAACAGAGGAGGAUGGUUACCAUUUUUUGCCAACUAAAGGUGACAUAAUAGUCCAUUUGUACGUUGUUCCCUACUCUUCUUACUAAGUCCCCCCUGUGCUUGGUCAGUCAUUCCCACCUGCUGCUGUUUGACCUCCGCAGGGCAGAUUUCUGGGAAUAGCAAGUGUGAGAGCAACUGUGACUACUCCACUCCUGACUACCAAGCACAGUUUGUUCCCCACCAGACCCUUAGGGUCCUUCUUUUUUAUUCUGCAGAGCUGUUUGUCAGCCCCUUCUAGCAGGCAGUGUGAGCCUCCACUCUAGGAACUGGCAGCCUAAAUACUGCUGUGCUUAAUGCAGACGAGUCAAUCCAGGUAGAACAGUAGCAAAUAGAUCUUUUACAUCUGUGAGAAGAGAGACAGACCCUAUUUUUCUAUCAGCUUCUAAGCUGUAAUUGACAAGUGCUUCUUAUGUUUAAGCGUAGCAGUGCUUCUGACAGGCUAUAAUUAUUGUCUGGAGCAUUUUAAUGAAAUGUUUUAACUGGUAUUUCUGAAGUUGGAAAGUAAGUAAAAUAAAGUAACAAUGAAGC